UUAUUGGUUAAACAAAAGUUAAUCUCAUUUUAUUGCAAAGUCUAUUGUUUGACAGUUAAAAUUCGUAUUCAGGUCAUUCAAGUAUCACCUCUUGCCAGUGGCAGAGAUUCUUUGAAUUCGCUUGUCAACAAAUUUGGAAUAUGAGACGAGGGAGAAAUCGGGGAAACCCAGAAAAUCUGCGAAUGAGGGAAGCAUUCAACUGCUGUGAGCCCAUGUCUGAGAAUUCACCAGAAGUUAAUCAGAUCCAAAAACUGUUGGAAGACAGACAAGUUGAAGAAUGGGCAGCAGAUUAUGAUAAAACUCACCAGCGCGUGGUCUGUGAAAUAGAGAAAAAUCGAGCCCGCUUUGACGACCAAAUAGUGAGUGCACCACUAGGACUAGACAUUGAGGAUGUCACAAAAGUGACUGAGAAAUGCCUUCAGCUUCGAGACAGUUACAUAUCUAUGGAACCGAAAAUACAUCUUGGUAUGUUCCAAGUGAACUUGCCAAUGAUCGACCAGAAACAUCCUACUCUGAAAUAUAUUGAAGGAUUCGUCAGAGAUACUGCAAACCAAAUUACUAAGAUGCUUCGGAAUACAUGCAAAAAACUACUUGAAGAGUAUAAAGCACAGUAUGAAUCAGCUCGGAGAGAACCCUCUACCAUUCAAGAAGUGGUUCAGUUUGCAUUAGACAUCACUGAUAGCCAGGAGAAAAUUCUGCCAAUGCUCUCCAUUAAAGUUGAUCAGGUUGAGAUUCAGAUGGAGUAUCUCACCGACUAUGGAUUUUUCAGUGACACCUUGACAGAUAAUGAUUUUGCCCUUGGAACGCUUGUCAUCAAGUUCAGAGCAAACGCUCAAGGGGAAAUGGAGGCUAACUUGGACCAACUUGCCAGUAGAAAGGCUGAAGAAGAAAGGAUCCUGCAAGAAAAGAUUGACAACUAUGGGGAAAGAUUGAAGGAGCACUUUGAGUCUUGCAAAGAUUUCAUUAACAAAGAAGUUCCGGAAGUGAACACCGAAAAUUUACAAGAGCGAUACUGCAAGUCCUCAGAGCUUUGGGAAACUCUGCAAACCCUUUCCAGAGAGCUAGAGGACCUGAAUAGAGAUGAAAGUUUGCUAGAUUUGGAUGCAACAAAAUUCCCUCUUCUUAGGUCAGGAAUUGAAAUGUUUGAGCCACACCAUCUACUCUGGCUGAACAGCAAAAAUUUCUAUCACCGCUAUGAUGUUUGGUUCUAUGGAGCACUGAGUGAACUCUCUUCAAAUAAGGUACAAGAUGAGGUUGGCACAUUCAAAAACAAUCUGUCCAAGGUGCGGAAUGCCUUGGCAGAAUUCCCUGAUCUGCAGCAAAUUGCUAAAGACAUACUCCAAUCAAUCAACAACCUCAAAGAUCCUCUGAGACUUUUAGAUGUACUUUGCAAUAGAGCUAUGCGACCUCGGCAUUGGAUCAAGAUGGCUGAUGAAAUUGGAACUGAGAUUGACUUAGCGAGUAUCUAUUGCUUGCAAGAUGCCAUCAAUUAUGGCUUAAGAGAACAUCUGAAAAUAAUGGAGGAUGUUUCAAUCGUGGCCACUAAUGAGUUUGAAGACAAACAAAAGCUUGAUGCCAUGAAGGAAGAGUGGGAUGGCGUGCGGUUUGAGCUCAAUUACUACAAGGACACAGGAGUAAAAAUCCUGUCGUCAGUUGACAAAAUCCAAGAGGCUUUGGAAGAGCAUUGCUCAAAAUCACAACGACUGCUUAAUUCGAUCUUUGUUGCGCCCUUUUUUGAUGAGAUGGAAGAAUGGACAAAGCGGUUGCUGAAGAUAUCCAAAAUCUUUGAUGUAUGGAUUCCUGUGCAACAAGGCUGGAUGUACCUGCAGCCAAUUUUUGGAUCACCAGACAUACAGCAGCAAAUGCCACAAGAAGGCCAACAAUUCUCAAGAGUCAAUCGAAUUUUCGUCAAGAUCAUGCAGUACACAGUAGCACAUGACUUAGUCCUUGAAGCCACUGAGAAGUUGAACCUGUUGGAUGACCUUCAAGAAUGCCUCUCACUACUCUCGACCAUCAAGCAGAGAGUCAAUGAUUAUUUGGAAAAGAAAAGAGCUGCUUUCCCAAGGUUCUUCUUCCUGUCAAACGAUGAGUUGCUAGAAAUCUUGGCGGAAACCAAAGAUCCUCUUAGAGUGCAGCCUCAUUUGAAGAAAUUCUUCGAAGGCAUCAACAGACUUCAGUUUGAUGAAAACAAGGAGAUUAUGGGAAUGGAAUCGGCUGAAAAAGAAAAGGUCAGCUUUGACGCAAUCAUCAAACCAUCUGAAGCGAAGGGCCUAGUGGAGAAAUGGCUCUGUGAGACGGAGUCUGAGAUGUUUUCCUCUAUCAAGAGAGAAGUUCUGCUUUCCAUUGAUGAUUAUGAAGUAACGCCAAGGCGUGAGUGGGUACAGAAGUGGAUAGGCCAAGCGGUGCUCUGCGGUGCUACUGUCGCGUGGACGAGAGAGGUGGAGGCUGCUAUAAACGAAGACCAGUCUGGAAACUGCACAAAGCUGAAGGAGUACCAUGAUCAAUGCGAAAAUCAAAUCACAGAGCUAGUUGAACUUGUCCGCACGGACCUACCUGUAGGCCUUCGAAUCACCCUGGAAGCCUUGAUUGUGAUCGACGUGCACGCUAAAGACGUGGUCAAACUGCUCAUUGACGAGAAAGUCUGUAGCGUGGACAGUUUUGUGUGGCUCAGUCAGCUACGCUACUACAAAGGCAACAAUGACAUAAGAGUGAAAAUGGUGCAGACAGACGUCCCUUACGGCUGCGAAUACCUGGGAAAUACCCCCCGUCUUGUGAUCACCCCACUGACGGACAGGUGCUACCGCACUUUGAUGUGCGCGAUGGACUUGCAUCUUGGAGGUGCCCCAGAGGGUCCUGCAGGUACAGGAAAAACCGAGACCUCCAAGGACUUGGCAAAAGCCUUGGCCAAGCAUUGCGUGGUGUUCAAUUGCUCAGAUCAGCUAGAUCAUGUUGCCAUGGGCAAAUUUUUCAAAGGCAUUUCUCAGUGUGGUUCUUGGGCUUGCUUUGACGAAUUCAAUCGAAUUGAGCUAGAGGUGUUGUCAGUUGUGGCUGCUCAAAUUCAAAUGAUACAAGAGGCCAAGAUGAAACAGCUUGCCAUAUUUGAUUUUGAAGGAAGCAAGAUCAAGCUGAACCCGUCCUGUCAAGCCAUCAUCACAAUGAAUCCUGGCUAUGCUGGCCGUCAAGAGCUACCAGAUAAUUUGAAGCGCUUGUUCCGACCUGUUGCCAUGAUGGUCCCAGAUUAUGCGCUGAUUGGAGAGCUUUCACUGUACUCUAGAGGAUUCAAAAAUGCUAGACCACUGUCUGUGAAAAUUGUGCAAACGUACAAACUCUGCUCAGAGCAGUUGUCUUCGCAACCUCAUUAUGACUAUGGUAUGAGAGCUGUUAAAUCAGUUCUUACGGCUGCUGGCAACCUGAAACUGGCGGACACAUCUGGCUCUCAGAGUUUGGAGGAUGAGUCCAAGCUUGUGCUCAGAGCCAUCAUUGAUGUCAACAGACCCAAGUUCCUAGCAGAGGAUGUGCCACUAUUUGAGGGCAUCACUGCAGACCUUUUCCCUGGCAUUGAACUACCACCACCUGAUAGAGGAGAGUUGAUCGAAGCUUUGCAGGUGGAGCUCAAAUUUAGAAAUCUGCAAGCCACCGACUGGUAUAUGGAAAAGCUUAUCCAGCUGUAUGAAAUGAUUUUGGUGCGGCAUGGUUUGAUGCUUGUUGGGCCACCUUUUGGAGGGAAAACGAGUGCAUUUAAGAGCCUGGCUGAUGCCCUUAUCAGAAUUUCUAAGAAGCCAGACAAAAAGAUGGAUGAGAGUGGUGUGAUCUUCAAAAUAAUCAGCACAAAGUCCAUCACCAGCGAUCAACUUUAUGGCUUUGUAGACUCUGUAUCUCAAGAGUGGCAUGAUGGUGUUUUGGCAAACACAUUCCGUGAUUAUGCGAGAUCAGAAGAGCCUGAAAGGAAGUGGAUAAUAUUGGAUGGCCCAGUAGAUGCUGUGUGGGUGGAGAACUUGAACACAGUACUGGAUGACAAUAAAAAACUUUGUCUCUCAUCUGGUGAAGUUGUCCAAAUGUCCAACACGAUGAACUUGAUAUUUGAAACUGGAGAUCUUGAUCAAGCUUCCCCUGCCACUGUGUCCCGAUGUGGCAUGGUGUUCAUGGACCCACUGCAAUUAGGAGUCACUGCUUUGAUCCAGUCGUUUGUUGACGGACCACUUACCAAUAUGCUUCCCAAUCAAGUGCAACAAGUUCAAAUGAUGCAUGAGGUCUUACUAUGGAUUGUCCCACCAACUUUGGCUGCUACAAAAGGGAUCCCAAAGUUUGUUGAAAUGUCCGAACUGUACCAGUUCAACGCAUUUGAACGGCUCUUUGUUGGCAUGCUGAAACAAAAACCGGAUUUCACUAUACCUUGGAUGCACGGACUGAUGAUAUUUUGCCUCAUCUGGGGAGCUGGCUCAACACUGACUGCCGAAGGCCGCAAACUGUUUGAUGCUGGCUUUCGGGCUGUUCUCAAAGAUAGUAGCAAGAAACCUGAAGGAUUUGAGCUCGCAGAUCACCAAAUGAUCCCCAACAAAGGAGUUCUUCAUGAUUGGGUUUACACUGAUGGAGGUGGAUGGGUGCCCUGGGAGGAAAUACUUGAGUCUGGUGACAGCGCUGCUGGCAGAGCUUUGGUCAUGACACCGGAAACGACUUGCAUGCAGUUUUUCCUGAAACUUUGCCUGGAGUGCCAAUUUCCCAUCCUCUUUGUUGGACCUACUGGCACUGGGAAGUCAGCUGUUACGUUGGACCAUUUGCUGUCGUUGCCCCCAGAAGACUGCACAAGCAAUGUGGUUAAUUUUUCCGCACGUACCUCAGCCGCUUUGACACUAGAUCUGAUCAUGGACAAACUCACAAAGCACCCAAAGAGAGUGUUUGGACCAGAGCAUGGAAAGAGAUGCGUCGUCUUUGUUGAUGAUUUGAACAUGCCACAGAAGGAGUUCUAUGGCGCCCAACCUCCCAUCGAGCUUCUGCGCCAGUGGCUUGACCAUGGCUAUUGGUUUGAUGCAGACACCACAAAUAUGUACAUCAAAGAUGUGCGAUUGGUGUCGGCCAUGGCUGUUCCAGGAAACAAUGACGUCACAGACAGACUAUUACGCCAGUUCAUCAUCAUCGGCGUGGAUAAAUAUGCCGACGCAACAGUUGAAAAGAUCUUCUCAAACAUGGUCAUUGGUCACUUCUCCUCUGAAGUUGUGUCGCUUGGCAGUUCCCUUGUGGCAGCCAGCAUGGAGGUCUUUGCACAAGCAUCAAGUAACUUCAGACCGCUGCCCUCAACAUCCCACUAUCUGUUCAAUUUGAGAGACAUUUCUCGCCUCAUUCAAGGAUGUUUGAUGAUCCCUCCCAAGAAGCUGACAAACCAGGAGAAAUUGAUUCGACUGUGGGUGCAUGAAGCUUACAGAAUAUUCUACGACAGGCUUGUUUCAAUUGAAGAAAGAGAAACAUUCUUUGGCAUAGUAAAAGAUACUGUGACCAAGUGCUUUGGCAAACAGCUGAAAUCUGUCAUGUUGGACCUAUUAGGGCCAAGUGACGAACCCACAGAUCAGCACAUCUCAAAGCUGUACUUUGGUGACUUCAUGAUACCUGACGCUUAUCCAAGAGAUUAUGAUGAAAUUCCAGAUGAGAUGCUGCUCAAAGAGCGUCUUGAAGCAUACUUGAAAGAGUAUAAUGAAACAGCAAGGUCACCUAUGUCAUUUGUGAUGUCACCCUACGCCAUUGGACACAUUUGCAGAGUCUCUAGAGUACUGCAGCAAGCUAAUGGGCACGUUCUCUUGAUGGGAAUGGGUGGAAGUGGACGUCGAAGCGUGGCCCGCUUUGCUGCAAAUUUGGCUGGCUAUGAUAUUUAUGAGAUUGAGAUGACAAAGAGCUUUGGCGUUACUGAAUGGCGCGACCACCUUCGCAUAUUGCUCAAGAGAGCUGGAGCUGAGUGCCGACCAACUGUCUUCCUCUUCUCUGACACACAAGUCGCUGACGAGUCCUUCUUGGAAGACAUUAACUUGCUCCUCAACACAGGCGACAUACCUAACCUUUACAACUCAGAAGAUAAGUCCAUAAUUUUGGAUGAAGUCAGAAAGAUAGCAGAGAAAGAGGGAAGGAAACUUGGUCAGGGCGUUCUCGCACAGUACUCAUUCUUCAUAGAACUUGUGAAGAAAAAUCUCCACGUUGUACUGGCAAUGUCACCCAUUAGCAAGGAGUUCAGAGAGCGACUCAGAAUGUUCCCUUCCCUCAUCAAUUGCUGCACCCUGGAUUGGCUUACCAAUUGGCCAGAGGACAUGCUGCAGGACGUUGCCAACGAUCGCUUGCAAGAAAUUGAUCUCUCAGGUGGCCUUGGAGACAAGGAAUUAUCAGAUAAAAUUAAGCAACGCUGCAUCGACAUGUGCAUGUCAUUCCACACUGACGCUCUGGAACUGAGUCAAAUUUACUUCAACAACUGCAAGCGGAGAGUAUAUAUCACUUCGCCUUCAUUCCUGGAAUUGCUUAACAGUUUCAAAGCUCUCUACGCCACGUGCCGUGACAAGAUUGAGGCUCAGGUGGCAGGAUACCAUGGUGGCUUGGACAAAUUAGCCUCUGCCUCGAAACAGGUUGCUGAGCUACAAGAAGUUCAAAAAGUGCUUGAAGUGCAGCUGAAAACCAAGGCAGCAGAAGUUUCAGCGCUCAUUGAAACUUUGGAAGAAGAGAAGAAGAAAACUAAUGCGAUCAAAGAGACCGUGCAAAAAGAAGAAGAGGAAGCCAAAAUUUCCGCCGCAGAGAUUGCAAUUCUUGAGGCAAAAUGCCACACAGAGCUUGAGAAAGCGCAGCCAGCUUUGGAGGAGGCCGCGGCAGCCUUGGACACCAUCAAGCCAGCUGACAUAACCGUCGUGAAGGCAAUGAAAAAUCCACCUUUCGCCGUAAAGACUGUGAUGGAAGCUGUCUGCAUCAUGUUGAAAAUCAAAGCUGAAAGAAAACCAGGCCCAGAUGGCAAAAUUGUGAUGGAAUUCUGGGGUCCAUCACAAAAACUGCUUGGUGACAUUAAGUUCAUUGAAAAACUCAGAAACUAUGACAAGGACAACAUCACUGACGACAUUAUGAAAACGAUUCGCUCAAAGUACCUGAAAAAUCCCAAUUUCCAAGUUGAAGUAGUGCGAAAGUCAUCUGCUGCUUGCGAGGGUCUCUGUCUCUGGGUGAAUGCACUCUCAGAAUAUAAUGAAGUUUACAAAGUUGUGGGCCCUCUUAAAAAGCAAUUUGAAGAGGUGCAAGCCGAUGCCAACGCCAAAAGAAAACUACUUGAGGAAAAGCAAGAAACUGUUCGACUGCUGGAAGAAAAGCUGCAAGUCCUUGAGCAACAAUAUCAAGAACAGGCUGAUAUCCUUGCAAAGCUUGAAGCUGACAAGGAGCUCUGCGCCACUAAACUUCAAAGAGCAGAAGCGCUGAUUUCUGGGGUUGGCGGUGAACGCGUGAGAUGGGCAGAGUUGGAAUUGUACCACAAAGGGCGGUUGACCACUGUUGUUGGAGACAUGCUGCUCUCAGUUGGGAUUAUUGCCUACUUGGGUCCUUUUUCGGUAGAUUACAGAAAGAACAUACAGAAGAAGUGGGUGAAAAUGUGCAAGGAAAUGAACAUUCCAUGCUCAGACAGUUUCUCCAUGCUUGACUCCCUUGGUGACCCAGUAGAAAUGCAAGACUGGGCAAUUGCAGGCCUUCCGGUUGAUGAUUUCUCCCAGGACAAUGCCGUCAUCUCACACAACGCAGGCAGAUGGCCACUCUUCAUUGAUCCCCAGGGCCAGGCUAACAACUGGAUCAAAAAUGCAUACAAAGAGAAAAACCUAGUGGUUCUGAAGAUGUCUAGCCCCAAAUACACUGACCAGCUACAAAAGGCGAUCACAGAUGGCCAUCCAGCACUAAUUGAAGACGUUGGGGAAGAACUAGACCCAGCUCUGAAUCCUCUGUUUUUGAAGCAAACCUACAUACUUGGCGGGAUGCUGAACAUCAAAGUGGGAAACGAUGUCGUGCGCUACAGUGAAAAUUUCAAGCUGUUUCUUACCACUCGUCUUUCAAAUCCACACUACUUGCCUGAGACUGCCAUCAUGGUGACUUUGCUCAACUUUGCCAUAACUCCCCAGGGACUCGAAGACCAGCUGCUUGGACUUGUUGUUGCCACCGAACGACCAGAUCUGGAGGAGUGCCGACAAUUGCUCAUUGUUGAGAGUGCUCAAAAUCGAAAAGAACUAGUGGAAACAGAGAGAAAGAUCUUGGAUGUCUUGUCUAAAGCUGAAGGCGAUAUUCUUGAAGAUGAAACAGCUAUAAACACCCUGACAAAUGCCAAGAAACUAUCAGAAACUAUAUUAGCAAAACAAGAGAAAGCUAAGGAGACAGAAAUAAUGCUCGAAGAUGCAAGAGCUAUUUACUUGACUGUUGCGCGUCAUGCGUCUGAACUGUUCUUUUGCAUAUCGUCUCUUGGAAGCCUGGAACCAAUGUACCAGUACUCUCUAACUUGGUACAUGAAUCUUUAUGUCCAUUCUAUCAAGACGGCAGUGAAGCCCGAGGACCCUGCAAUGUGGCUAGAUGUGAUCAAAGAAACAUUCACGUACAAUUUGUACAGGAAUGUGUGCCAGUCACUCUUUGAGAAGCACAAACUUAUCUUCUCCUUCAAUCUUUGUGUGGCAAUGAUGAGACUGAGUGGUGUGAUUGAAGAAAGUGCUCUUAAGUUCUUGCUCACCACUGGAGUGACCGCAGAUAUUGCUGACAACCCAGAUCCGUCCUGGAUAACUGAAAAAACGUGGGCGGAAAUUUGUAGGGCCACAAGGAUGAUUGAACAGCUUUCAGGAUUUGAAGAGAGUGUGCGAUCCAGCGUAGCGCUGUGGAGAGACUGGUUUGACAGCUCAAACCCUCAGGAAGAAACUCUGCCUGCGCCAAUGGACUCGGCUCGUAGAUUGGGUUGGCUCGCUGUGAUCAAGUGCUUGAAGCCAAACAAGUUAGUCCCCGCCGUACAGAAAUUAAUUGCUGAAGAGAUCGGCUCUCAAUUUGUGGAUCCUCCGACGUUCAACCUGAGCAAAGUGUUUGAAGAUUCGACUUGCUCCACGCCGCUCAUCUUUAUCUUGUCUGCUGGCUCUGACCCGACUUCAUCUUUGUACCAGCUCUCGAUUGAGAUGGACGCCAAGAAGCUGAUAUUUUUCUCGAUGGGCAAAGGACAAGGCGAGAAGGCAGAAGUUGCCAUAAAACAAGCAGUAAAAUCUCGCUCAUGGGUUAUCCUCAACAACUGUCACCUCGCAACCAGUUGGAUGCCGCGGCUCGAGCACAUUUGCAACGAGCUUCUCAAACCUGACGUCGCUGACAAAGACUUCAGACUCUGGCUCACAAGCUACCCUUCAUCCUCUUUCCCUGUGUCCAUUUUGCAGAGCGGCAUCAAGAUGACCAAUGAGGCGCCCAAAGGCCUGCGCUCCAACAUGAUGCGAAUGUACCUGAACGACCCACUCAGUGCAGAGGACUACCUUUCAAAGAGGUCAGUGGCUCAACAAAAACUGCUGUUUGGCCUCUGUCUCUUCCAUGCAAUGGUUCAGGAGCGACGCAGCUUUGGACCUUUGGGUUGGAACAUUCCUUAUGAAUUCAACGACUCUGACUUUGAUAUAUCAGUGAAGCAGAUGGAUAAAUUCCUCAAAGGCUCAAUUACAAUUCCAUUUGAUGCUCUGCACUAUUUGAUAUCGGAAUGCUUUUACGGAGGAAGAGUGACAGACGGAAAUGACCGACGCCUCAUUGCCUCCUUGCUGACUAAUUUCCUCUCGCCCGCUGUCGUUGAAGAGGAAGGGUACAAUUUUUCCCAAAGUGGCGUUUACAGCAUGCCAGAAAGCACAUUGCAAGAAGGUUGCAUUUCCAACAUCCAAGCAAUGCCACUCACAGCCAAACCAGAGCUCUUUGGCUUGCACGAGAAUGCUGAAAUCACAAAAGAAAUGCAAGAGACCAAUGAGUUCUUGCAUGGUGCUUUGGAAACACAGCCUAACGUGGGAGGAAUGGGCGUCGGGAGUGCAUCUCUGCAAGUUUUGUAUGACAUCGCAGAAGAUAUUUUGGAGCGUAUGCCAGAGGGAUUCAACCUCAAAGCCGUUGGCGAAAAAUACCCAUUUGACUACAACAAUUCUAUGAAUACUGUGCUUCGUCAGGAGCUAAUCAGAUUCAACAGGCUUACCAGCAGGAUUCGCUCUUCCCUGUCCAUGAUGGAAAAGGCCAUGAAGGGUCAGGUCGUGAUGACAUCAGACCUGGAGGAGAUUCAAAGCAGUCUUCUGGUGGGAAGAGUGCCUCAGUUCUGGCUGGCUAAAUCAUACCCAUCUCUGAAGCCACUCUCCAGCUACAUAAACGACUUACUGAAAAGACUGCAGUUCUUUGAAGAUUGGAUCAAGUUCGGCGCGCCAAAAGUCUACUGGAUCUCAGGCUUUUACUUCACCCAGUCUUUCUUGACCGGCGUCAUGCAGAAUUAUGCCAGAUCCUUCAAGGUGCCUAUCGACGCUGUUGGCUUUGAGUUUGAUGUGCUUGACACUGACACAGCCAACGAAGCUCCAAGCGUUGGCGCCUACUGCAACGGUCUCUUUUUGGAAGGGGCUCGUUUCAACAGAGAAACCGGUUUUCUGGACGAGAGUUUGCCAAAAAUCCUCUACGACCCGUUACCGAUUAUCUGGCUUAAGCCUGGAAUCAAGGCUGACUUUGAACCAAGACCAACGUAUGGUUGUCCAGUUUACAAAACUAGUGCGCGUCGUGGUAUCCUGAGCACCACUGGUCACUCUACCAACUUUGUGAUGGAAGUUCAGCUACCAAGUAACAAGCCUCAAAGCCACUGGAUAAAUAGGGGUGUCGCAGCCUUGUGCCAGCUGGAUGAUUAAAUAAAAGUUUGUUUAA